AUGAAGGCAUUCAACAUUGCUACCAUCUUGUGCCUGCUUUUGGCCACUCUCGGAUACGCCCAAGUUGUCCAGGUUACUGACGACAAUGUCAAUUCACUUGUUACGUCUGAAAGCGAAUGGCUACUUGAAUUCUACGCAGAAUGGUGUGGUUACUGUCGCAAGUUCGCACCCAAAUAUGAAGAAGUAGAGGAUGCACUCUCUGACAGCAGUGUCCAGGUUGGCAAGGUGGAUGUUGAAAGUAGCCCCGGGCUUGCUGCAAGAUUCUUUGUUCAACGCCUACCCACGGUCGUCCACAUCAAAGAUCAUCAAGUGCGUGUGGUGCCCCAUGACAAAACCUUGGACUUGGUGGGCCUUAUUAAACGGGAGGAAUGGCAAGAUAUUAAGCCUGUGAAUGCUAUGACUUCACCAUUCAGUGCUGUUGGAACGCUUGUAGGAUUCACGGGUCGUAUGGUCAAAUGGGCUUCGAGUCUUUCCCCAACGAUGAUGGUGAUCUUGAUGCUUGUCUUAUUGGGCGUCGUGGUUAUUCUACCCAUUUACAUGCCAAAGGAUGGUGACAAUCAAGCUCAAAACGAUGAGCAAGCUACAGAGGAUACUUCAUCGGUCACAAGUGCAAGAAAACCAGAAUCUUCUUCAUCCUCCACCACCACUACCAAGCAACGCAAAUCCAAAAGAAUUGACUAG